AUGGCAGGUUGUACGCUAUACGUGCUGUGGUCGCAAGGACACAGAACUGAUUCCUCGGUGAUAAAUCCAGACACGCAGUUCAGGGAUUUGGGGAGCUUUCCAGUUGACGAAACAAUCAUGGUUGCCUCUCUGUCCUUCUUGGUUUUGGUAGGUCUAUUCCAAUUCGGUGAUGUAAUCGCCUGGCUAAACGAUUAUGACAAGGAAUUGACUUUUGAAUGCACGGAAAACCAGUAUGUUUCUGAAAUCAAAAGUCAACAUAGCAAUCGUUACGAGGACAGACAAUGGGAAUACGCAUGCCGUGCACUUCCUUCCGGAGUUAUGACCAAUCAAUGCAAAUGGUACCGUGAUGUCAACGAAAUGAACGAGCUACUAGCCUUCCGGUGUAUGGGCAGCCAGGUGGUCACCGGGGUAACCAGUCGCCAUGACAACCAUUACGAGGACAGAGUUUUUGGUUUUCGUUGUUGUGAUAUCACGAAAUUUAAGUUGGAAAACUGCUUGAUAACCAGUUUUAUUAACAGCUACGACGGAUUCAUGAACUACAUUUUACCUCAUGACUACGUCAUAAUUGGCAUGGACAGUGAGCACGACAACCACUACCAGUAA